UUUUGUCAAAUUUGAAACAGAGGUCUAAAUGUGCAGAAGAUGAAAAUUUUCCAAGAGGUGCGAAAGUGGUUUUUUCUCGUCGAGAGGCAGCGCCGGUGAGGUGGUGGGAACUUGGAAGGGAGGCCUGGCCGGGGGUGGGGACCGACGGCGAGAAGGGGUGGGAACUGGAAAGGACGAGGAUAUCGGCGUGACGUCACCCCGAGCAGUUGAUAAGUAGGUGUGGACCCGUCUCGGUAGAAAAAGUCCAGUGUCAUGUCGUGAAACGGAGGCGGCUAUGCUGGGGAAGAGCAGAUAGCAGGAAAGUCACGGGCAGCCGAUCAACGGGUCGCAUUUCUGCUGGUGAUCUUUUAAAUAAAAAUCGUCGAUCCGAUCGUAAAUCCGCGAUUCAUCCGCCGACUUGGCUUUGCCGUCGAGAAUUUUCAAGAUGGCGCAUAAUUUAGCUCCCACUGUGAAUUGUUCCCUAGACGAUAUCGACUUGAACACUUUGAAGGACCCGGCUGGGAUUUUCGAGCUGAUAGAAGUCGUCGGCAAUGGGACCUACGGACAAGUUUAUAAGGGGCGGCAUACAAAAACUGGCCAACUUGCUGCCAUUAAAGUUAUGGAUGUUACUGAGGAUGAAGAAGAAGAAAUUAAGCUUGAAAUAAAUGUUUUAAAAAAGUAUUCAAACCAUAGAAAUAUAGCAACAUAUUAUGGUGCUUUUAUAAAGAAAAGUGCUCCUGGGAAAGAUGACCAGCUGUGGCUGGUCAUGGAAUAUUGUGGUGCCGGGUCGGUGACAGAUCUUGUCAAGUCGUCAAAAGGCCAGUCGCUCAAGGAAGAGUGGAUCGCUUACAUCUGCCGGGAGAUACUGCGGGGUCUCUCCUAUUUACACUCCAAUAAAGUCAUACACAGGGACAUCAAGGGGCAAAAUGUCCUCCUGACAGACAAUGCUGAAGUCAAACUUGUUGACUUUGGUGUAAGCGCUCAGCUCGAUCGGACCAUCGGCAGGCGAAACACAUUCAUUGGAACACCAUAUUGGAUGGCGCCCGAAGUGAUAGCCUGUGAUGAAAACCCCGAUGCCACUUAUGACAACCGAAGUGACCUUUGGAGUUUAGGCAUCACCGCCCUCGAAAUGGCGGAAUCCCAGCCACCUCUUUGUGAUCUCCAUCCUAUGAGAGCUCUCUUUCUCAUUCCUCGAAACCCACCUCCUCGGUUGAAGUCUAAAAGAUGGUCUAAAAAAUUCCAAGGUUUUAUAGAGACUGUAUUAGUAAAAGAUUAUCACCAAAGACCAUACACUGAACAACUUUUAAAACAACAAUUUAUAAGAGAUCAGCCGACCGAGAGACAGGUUAGAAUUCAAUUAAAAGAUCACAUUGAUAGGUGUAAGAAGAGGAAGCAAGAGAAAGAACGAGAAGAAUACAGGUAUAGUGGUAGUGAAAACGAAGAAGAGGAGGUCGCUACAGCCGGUGAGCCUUCGUCUAUCGUACAAGCUCCUGGGGACAACACACUCCGUCGGAACUUCCAGCAGAUCCAGGAGGGUCGUACACUAACACAGAAUGAAACAAAAGAGACCAAACACAGUAAGGAAAAAGAAAGGGAGGAGAUCCCAGAGCCUGGACCACCAGCCCGACCUGCCAUUCCCCAAAGACUUAUUGAUCCUCAUCCACCUUCAAGACCGUUACCCCUUCCACCAAGAGAGGACAGGCAGCAGAAACCGAGCAGCCAGCCACAGCCUUCUAUACAGCAAUCUCAAAAUCAGCAAAGAAAUUCGCAUGUAUUUAAACCCAUGCUGCCUUCUAGGAGACCAGAGGAUCUUGACAAUCUUGCUGCCCAGCUCAAUGAGCUCGGCGUGAAGAGCAGCAGCGGCAGCGGUAUCAGUCGGCAAAAUGGUGGAACAAAACCGCCGACCACAGGUGUUAUUGACUCGGAAUCUGAAUCAGAGGAUGACGACGAUGAAGGCGUAGUCGGAGUCAGCGGGCGCCAAGGAAACGAUGGUACUCUUCUUGCAAGCGACCCUCCAAAACCUCUGCCUGAAUUCUCUCCUUACAGGCCUGCUGACACUCAGUCUAUACUUCAUGAAGUGAAAGCUUCUUCAUCUGGAGGUGCUCCAAAUCGACCACUGCCUCCAACGCCGGAUGAAGAAGAAAGUGGCAAUCGCACUCUAGUGAUGAGAAGAAAGGAACAAGUAAACCAUGAGAAAUCUAAGAGGAAAUCUGAACUAGACGAGGCUUCCCUAUUGAAAGAAUGGGAUAUCUCGAGAUUUUUUCACAGUAAAAGCGAAAAAUCAAAAAGUGGCGGUACAGAGACAAAAAGAAAGGAGGAGAAGAAGAAAGAGGAAGAUUGUGAGAGGGUGGCACAUAGAAGAAAUGGAUCUGAAAUAUCUAGAAUUUUCAGAAGAGAGAACUCUGAUUUCUUUGUCCCUUCAGCAAGACAUUCGGCUGUGUUUCUAGAGACGAAAAGCGUUAGACAGAGUUUGAGGCGGGGAUCCGAUGUUGCCGGUAUAUCUCAAAAUGGCAAUUUGGCCGGAGAGCCUGUCUUAACUUCCAUCUCCGGCAAAGAAAUUGAAGUACAGCCUGUCAGGCCUCGGAGAGAAAGGACCGAUGGAGAUAUAAUUCUCCAAAGGUCGAGAAAUAAUUUAAAUAAUUUGGAAGCGAGGAGGCAAGAGGUGAAAGACAGGUUGUCGAACCAGGGCAGCUUCUUUAAAAGGGAAAGUUCUACUCGACUAAGCAAAUCUGACAAGGGACGAGAAGACAGAGGUAGGGAUCUUCACAGGAUGGACUCAUCACAAGGUCAAUUAGGGACUCCGAGCUCCCGGACCAGCUCUGUAUUGCCAGAUCUUCUCCCUCAGGCAUCUUCCUCCCCUGGCACUCCAAACCAAAGGCAGGACAAGACUACAAGUGAAGAGAUCUGGCAUGUUUUUCAGUACCGGCAAGCGGUAGCUAAGUUAGGUGGCGUUGUUGGUCAACAGAAACAGAGGACGUUCCUGGCUUUUGGAUUCGGUGCUGGGAGUAGUGCUGCCAGCAGGAGGGAAUCACAUGUCAAUGUCAACGUCACGCCCACUUCCCACGAUCUCGCUAGUGAUACACCUGAAAUUCGCAAAUACAAGAAGAGGUUCAACUCGGAAAUACUCAGUGCUGCUUUAUGGGGUGUUAACCUCCUAAUUGGUACUGAGUCUGGUUUGAUGUUGCUGGACCGUAGCGGACAGGGGAAAGUGUACCCGCUGAUAUCAAGGAGACGUUUCCAACAGAUGGAAGUACUUGAAGGGCAGAACAUUUUAGUCACUGUCUCAGGGAAGAAGAACCGUGUCAGGGUAUACUACCUUUCCUGGCUAAAGGGCAAGAUUUUACGAACAGACGGUCUUAGUGAACAAGUGGAAAGGAGAAAUGGAUGGAUAAAUGUUGGCGACCUUCAGGGUGCUGUUCAUUUUAAAAUAGUCAAAUAUGAAAGAAUUAAGUUCCUCGUUAUUGCUCUUAAAGAUUCAAUUGAAAUAUAUGCCUGGGCGCCAAAACCUUACCAUAAGUUUAUGGCUUUCAAAUCAUUUGGAGAAUUGGCACACAGGCCAUUGCUAGUCGAUCUGACAGUGGAAGAAGGAACAAGGCUGAAAGUCAUUUACGGUUCAGCGGAUGGUUUUCAUGCAGUAGAUCUAGACUCAGCGUCAGUCUAUGAUAUCUACCUGCCAAAACAUGUAAGAACUCAAGGGCCCAUCAGUCCACAUUGUAUAGUACCUCUCCCCAAUUCAAAUGGGAUGCAACUAUUACUCUGUUACGACAAUGAGGGCGUUUAUGUAAAUACUUAUGGAAAAGUUAGUAAAAAUAUAGUCCUCCAAUGGGGAGAAAUGCCAACUUCAGUGGCUUAUAUUGGCACUGGUCAAAUUAUGGGCUGGGGAAACAAGGCGAUUGAGAUCCGAAGUGUAGAAACAGGACACCUCGACGGUGUUUUCAUGCACAAGAAAUCUCAGAGACUGAAAUUUUUAUGCGAAAGAAAUGAUAAGGUAUUCUUUACAUCAGCAAAAAGUGGCUCGUUUUAUCAAAUUUAUUUUUUGACUUUGAACAAACCAGGAAUGGCUAAUUGGUGAUCACUAUUUAGAAAAGCUGGUGAAGAAGAAUUGCAGAUAAAGAGCAAGAUUGAUGGAAUUAUAUCAACACUUGAACAGGACGGACAGUGGAUAAGACAACGGCUUGUUCUGCAUUAUCCAAAAUGUUUUAGUAUUUAUUUUCUAUUUCCUUCUAUUAUAUUAAACAAUUUAUUUAGACUAUUCCUCAUAACUUCUUGCUCUUCUUAAUUGAACGUGCCAAACAAAAAGAAAAAAAGAAAAAAAAAGAAAAUAAAAAAAACAAAAACUGUUAGUCUUAAAUUUGUUGAAAUUGUUUUGGAGACAGGAGGAUCCGGUUUCCUGCUUAUAA